GUUCGGCGCUCUCGCGAGAGCGGCGGGGCCCGGUGCUGCAGCCAUGUCUACCGCUAUGAACUUCAGCGCCAAGAGCUUCAAGCCGCGGCCGCCGGACAAGGGCGCCUUCCCGCUGGAUCACUUCGGGGAGUGCAGCGCCUUCAAGGAGCGCUUCAUGCAGUGCCUCCGCGACAGCGGCUUCGAGAGCGGCGCGUGCCGGGAGCGCGCCAUGGCCUACCUGCAGUGCCGCAUGGACAGGCAGCUCAUGGCUAACGAACCUCUGGAAAAGCUGGGAUUUAAAGACCUGAUGGAUGAGAAGUCGGAAGCAGAACCUGGGAAGCUGUGAUGAGGAAAGACGGCUGUACCCCUCCCAGCCGUACCUCACCGCUCACAUGCAGGAGGCGUAACUCCUGUGGAGUGCACGUUGUACUCGUAUUGCGAUAGGAAGCGCUUUGUGAAGGAGCCUUUUCUUCCAAAAUGUUCUUUCCUAAAAUAAGACUGUUAAAGUGAACCAAAGCACUGCCUUUGUUUGCUUUCCUGGGGUGUUUCUUAGCUUCUUUCCUUUAGAUUCUCCAGCCUGCUCUUAAGGGUCGCUGGUACUGCUUCACCUGGCAGAAAGCAGUGGUUGCCUGAAGUGCUCUCCGUGUCUGCGGGGGCAGUAAACUCUUGCUUUAAAAAAGCAACAACAACGCAGCAGCCCUCCACCUCUGUUGUACACCUGGUGAACAAUAGGCUACUGUUACGUGGGCAUUACUGAUGUGCUUACAGCAGGCACUUUUCAGGUGGAAAUAAAGCUGUUGUGGUACUUGCAAAUUUCUCUUUAUUAAAUGCUGUUGUUAAUUUCCUUCUCUGGGAUGAUCUCCUUCGUUCCAGGCUGCGGUUCCAGCAUCACCUGUAGUUAUUCUGCUUUUGUUUAGCAUGCCAACGUUUGACCUUUAUUUCAUCAUUUAACCAGAAGUCUUUCAUUACAGUUGUCUUCGUUUCUCCACUUGGUGCUGCCAUGUUGUUUUUCACAUCCUUAUGGUGAAACUGGGGGAAAGAUGGCCAUGGUAUUUAUUUGUCUUUGAAGUAAAUGUGAAUUAUUUAUAUAAACAUGUCUGGACUUUUCUUUUAAAAGCAUGUUUUUAGGGAUGCACACGCUUAGCUGGUGCUGUUCUCUUACGCUUCCUUCUUUAUUUAGUCUCCUCUGUGUGGUACAUCCAGCCAUUCCUGUUUCUGUUUUCAGAGGGAUCCAGGACAGAGUAAAAUAAUACUCUCUGCCUUUCAUGUUGGUGGAUGGAAACGAGGGUUACAUUGUUGCUCAGGUCUGAUCUGAUGGAGGGAGUGCGGAUGGUUCAGAACAGAUCUGUAUUUGAAAAGAGUAUUCGGUUUUCUUGCUGCUGUGUUUUUAGUCUGCUUCAUUCCACUGCUUAAACUCUGUCUUUUGAUGAGAUUAAUACAUUGACAGAAAAGAAAGCAGAGGUUCUAUUGCUGAAACAGAUGUUAAAAGACUUCAUAUUAAGUUGCUGAACAAAAGCUUUCUUUUAGUGAUGCUGAAUAAAAAUUAAAGUAA